AUGUCCACAUUUCUUCAGCAAUCCUUUCGUGAGAAAAGGCUACCAUCAAUACCAGCGGGAGCUUCCACUUAUAAUCAAGAUCCUUUCCUACACAUCGAACGUCAAACAAAAUACAUACAGCGCAAUCUACAAGUACUGAUUGAUGCUCAAAGUGACGGCCUCCUCUCUGGUCUUGCUGGUUCUCGGACAGAUCAAGUUUCUAGCGAUGUCUCAACUUCCUCCCUAGCUUCCAAUUCUAGUCGAUCGCUCUCUUCUUCUAUGGUACCUCCGCGGCAGCCAGCAUCCAGGAAACUCGGGCUUCGAUCUGCCCGGGAAGGCAUCUUCCAAUCUAUAUAUGAUUUACUGAAGCUGCGGGAGGAGGAGCGAGACAUCAUCACAUUGCAAUCUGACGAGAGAUCCAAUGGGCUUGAAGCUAUUGAGAAUUUCCUCUCGAGAAGAAAUGGUCUUGAAGAGGCCAUCACUACUAUACAUAACGAUGACGAGAGUCGGCAUUCAAAGCAACUGGAAGAAGAGGCUCGGAACCUCGAGACUGAUAUUCAUGAAUUGGAAACCAGGCUUUAUGAAAUGAAAGCUAAACAUCAACACCUCGUUACUGAGAUAUCACACAUUAAUAACUCAGUUGACGCCAAGUUAUCAUCCUAUACUGAAUCCUUGUCCAUGCUCGACUCCGACAUCCGGAAAUUCCUCCAUGAUCCUCCAAUCCAACCCUUGUCGCGACGCUCGGGUAAAUCCACGUUCCACUCCUUGAACCCCACACGGCGCACGCUCGGUAUGGCGCAGGAGCAUUGGAACACCGAACAAGUGAGUUUGCGCAGAAGGCAACACGAAGUCGAUGGGGAGAUACAAGCACUGGAAGAAGGCGGCGGAGUGUGGAAGCAAGCGGUAUAUGAUGUUACCGGCUUUGAGAAACGCUUACGAGCCAACAUGCAACACUAUGUUGAGAUGACCACGGCGAGCGAGACCGAAGGCUCCAUGCCAGCAGAUUAUAAAGUUGGACUGGUGAAAAGCAUCCUGGAUGACUUGGACAAAACCAUUCACCGGAUUGAAUCUCAUUUGGAGGUUGCAGAUGAUAAGGACUGGAAGCUAUUGGUUUGCUGCAUCGCGGCCGAGCUAGAGGCCCUGCGAGAGGCAAGGGGUAUGCUUCUACCCGCUUUUGGUCUGUCAGUGCAUGAAAAUGAUACACCUCUGAACUCGGCUCCUGGUGACGUUGAAAAUCAGGAGCCAGGGCAAGGCCAUCAUCCCCAUCAAGAUCCACUAGAAAACGAUGACCCGGAACCUCCAGCCGAGCUUCUCCAGGAUGCGGAUCCCCAUCACUCAGAUGCUGCAUCUAGAUCUGAAGAAGACGAUGAGCCAGAUCCGUCAUGGCUUUCUUAA